CCAAUCUGGACCAGCUAUGCAAAUCUUGAAACGAAGUUCCCCAGCAGCAGCACUCUCUGCUGACAGCAUUUAGCUUUUCAGAUGUUUCAUUUUCUCUUUAAUUAGCAGCGUCAGGAGCGUUCUGAUAGCAGGUGUCACCGAGGACGAACUGCAGCACUAAAAGGCAAAGAAAGGAGCAGAUCCGCUAUGAUUUCUCCUCGAGGUUCCCGGUAAUUAAAGCUGAUAGCUCACUGCUCAUAGCUAGCAUAGCUGCCUAACGCCGGUACAGGCGGACCUCUUUGUCUGACAGGGGAAGGCGUGCUCUUUUGUUCGGCUAUUCCCUUUGUCCGAUCGGGAAAGAGGAACUGUUGGGUCAGGAUUUCACAGUUAUCUGCAGCUCCGAAAGUAUUUAGAAAAUGCAAAUCGCGAAAAAGUACCUCACAGAAGGUCUGAUUCAGUUAACAAUCUUACUCAGUUUGAUUGGAGUUCGUGUUGAUAUCGACAGCUACUUAAGCGGCUACUACUCGCCUCUGAUAGAGAUUAACUUGGGUCCUAGCUCAGCCUACACCCAGACACCCUUUCAUAGUUUAAGAGACAAUCUAGACGGGUAUAGUGUCCACCCGAAAUGUCCUGAAUUGGACUACUUCUUUGCAAGUCGCCGGUUGUUAGACGAGGUGAGAAACCUCGGCUCUCCGCGGUUCCCUACUCAGCUGAACGCAUGGCUGGUGCACCAGGUGUCUGCCACAGACAAGGCUGACUGUGGGCCUUCAACCAGCAACGACACUGACACCAGCUCGGGGGUAGAAAGCUCCGGGGACGAGGCCAGAGGUGACAGUGAACACCUGCCGGACAGAGGCCAGGAUGUGAGCCAAACAGCCCCUGAACUGGGACAGGGGCCUUGUAACGCUGGAGCCUGCGGGUUUCUUAAAGAGGAGUGUGAUGCUAAAGUCAAAGAAGAGGAAGAGCCGGCCCCGCUCUCUCAGCUGGCCCACAGCUCCACACUAGAACAUGAGGGUCUGCUGGAAGGCAUCACUGCACUCAACCCUCCUCCUGCUAUUGAUAUUGACCAGCAUUGGAGCAACUUGUUCUCUCAUUCCUUCUCGGACCUUGAUGACUUGGACCCCCUUGUUACUGGGCGUCUGUCAGACAUGGACACAGACAUCACCAGCGCCAUCAGCCAGAAUGUCAGCUUGCAUGAUGCCAUGGUAACAUGUGCCAGAGUAUUUGGUGCACAGCCUGAAAGAGCUGAGCCCAGACUGGACACCCAACAACGAAGAGCUCUCUUCAGACAAGAAUCUACAAGCUCUUCACAAUCAGACGCGUUGCCAGGGAUGGCACUGGGCCUGGCUGCUCUUCCCUUUGCCUCAGUCUGUAGUUUGACUGGAAAUGGCACUCUGGGUGGCUGUCUGGAUGAGGCAGUGUUUGACCAGAUCAAUCAGCUUCCAGGUUUGGGAGGCCUGGACACUAUCGACACCCAGCUGAUGGAGGGUCUGGAGGGCAUAGAUACACAGGCUCUGGAGGACAUGGACUCAGACUCUGGUCUCUCGCUGGAGAGCAGCUCUGGAGGUCCAGUCUCCCCAGACUCAUCAGAGAUGUCCUCAUCAUCUAGUUCAUACUGCGAGGAUGAGUGCGGAGCUACAGGCUACAGCAGUGAGGUGGACUCUGUCCCCCCUAAAGGCAUCACAGACUAUGCCACAACUUGGUCACCCAUUGAUGAGAGUGAGAGUGUGUGGCAUGACCACAGCUACUCCUCUACUGCUCUCUUAAACCCACCAGCAGUGACAUUUCCUCACAAAGGGAUCAAAGAGGAGCCUCUCAGCGACGAUGAAGGCCCAUUUUUGGAUGAGAGGGACAUGAGUCGUGACGAGGUGCGAGCCCGCGCCAUGUUUAUCCCGUUCUCUGUCCUGCAGAUCGUCAACAUGCCUGUGGAGGAGUUCCUGGAAGUCCUCGACGGUCAUGGCUUCUCCCCUGAGCAGGUGACCCUGCUGAGGGACAUCCGCAGGCGGGGGAAGAACAAACUAGCAGCGCAGAACUGCCGCAAACGCAAACUAGAUGCCAUCACAGGGCUUCAGGAAGAGGUGGAAAGGUUACAAGCUCAAAGAGACAGGCUGCUGAGGGAGAAGCAGCUCACAGCCAAGACAAUGGGUGCUGUGGGCCAGCAGAUCAAGCAGCUGACCAGAGAUGUCCUGGCCCGGCUGAGGGAUGAGUCGGGACAGCCCCUGAACCCAGAAAGAUUCACCCUGCAGUGCGGGGCGAAUGGGAGGGUUGAAGUUCAGCCAGUGAGACGGCCUGCCACAUCUACUGGUAACAAAACAGACAAGAGAAAGAAGGAGAAGAAGCAGUGAUGCAGUAUUUCUAACUCAGACUUUGAUUUUUGAGUAUUUCUGAACUUACUUGCCUGACUCUGGUUUUGGGAUCUCCUCUUCUAAAGUUGGUGUGGUUUCACCGCUGUUGGGAGCCUAAAUCGGCAAAGCUGCAAAAAAGAAAAGAUACUUUGAACAUUCAAGAAAAAAAGAAUAAUAUCUGUAAAUACAACUUCUCAUGGGAAAAAUGUAGCUUACACACUGGACACUCUGCUCAAUAAAGAUGCACAAGGCAUCCCGGGGUGGUUUAGGGGACGAGCUAAGUUGCUGGUGAUACCAGUUUCUCUCUGUGCCUGUUAACUUUAAAGUAAUGAGUGUUACCUUUUAACAGACAAACAUAGUCAACCAGACGUGUCUGAAGUCAACAUGGCCGGCAUUGUGACAGUUACUGGAUAGAGAUCUUGGUGGAGGCCUCUGUGUUUGCUUCUGUGUAAUCUUGACCCUGCUCAGUAUAAGGAGGAGGUUAACCCUCAUAUUUAUUAAAUUGUCUGACGUCCCUGGAAUGCUUUUGUGAAUCAAGGGACAUUUAAGGGCAGUAUCUUUUUUCACAAGGUUAAGUUUAAAAAGUGGUAUGACUAUUGGGACAUCACCUAAUUACAGUUUACAGGUCUCUUCCCGCUAUUUGAGGACAUGUACUAUUUCAUAGAAAUAUUGGAUUUUGUUGUUUACCAUAUGUCUUGAUGACAUAAAACAUACCAAUGAUUAAACUGACAAGGCCUUAAAUUUGCAUUGAAGAAGUGUUUUGGAUAUUGUGUUUACAUGAUUCUCAGAUGCACAUUCUCACACCACAAAAAAGGCACGACCAUUUAACGUUUUAAUUUUUUCACUUUUGUUUCAAGCACAAUUUUGCUCAACUCAUUCAUUUCAAUCAUUUGGGAGUUUUUGCAAGAUUAUAUUCUACCUCACAAUUUAGUUUUCAUGCAACAUUUUUGCAAAGAAGAAAAACAACCUUUUAGGGGAACAAAACUGCAGUCAUUUUAUAAAGUUUUUUUUAAAUAAUUAGAAUGACCCUAAAAUUGACUUUUACCUCCAGUCUCUGGAAGAAAAAAAAACAAUCAGCAUCCAUAGUAUAGGAUAACGGGUUGUUUCCAAGCGGCAACCUCCGGUCUCAAGCGAUGAAGCCCAUGCGGAAGUGUUAUAAACUGCAAUACAUCGAAAAUCCGCUUGAGGCUGGCUGCAGAAACACCGGAAACCACAUAGACACGAAUGGGAAAAAGAUGAUCUUUGCAGCAUUAAUAAACAUGUUUACAGCCUGGUUCAAAAAAUGGCUUGGCCCUACGAAGCUAAUCUCUCUAAUGGCACACACUGUACGGGGGGUGAAUUUAUUUCUAACGUGACGGUUCAGAAGAUAUUAAGAUUACGAGUUUAGCCCAAAUAUGGACAUGACUGACGUGACUCCCGGUCGGGAACACAUAGCUGUUGGCUAAGAGGCUCAAACUACGUCACACUCUGCCUGGUUGAGUUCAGCAUUUCCAAUAUGGCUGCUGCCGUCGAUUUGCUUCAAAACAGCUCUCAGGAACAGAUGGGUGACGUCACGGAUACUACGUCCAUAUUUUAUACAGUCUGUGGUUGUUUCAGAUUUUGCUUUUCAUAUAAUUGAGAUUUUUUGAGUUGAUAAAGUAUUUAGUACAAGUUGCUAUCUUAUUGGAUUGCACACCACUUUGUAAAGGCAAGUGAGUGAGUAAAGUGAAGAACGCUGCGUAA